AAAAUUCAAGAAAUCUCUUAGAUGAGAAGAGUCGCGUUACAAAUCAAGAGAAUCAAGACGAUAAAUUUAAUUCAAUUGAGGCUUAUUCAGUCAGUGUUCAACAUUUGAAGAAGAAACUUCAUCAAAUUUUUAAAAAAAUUAUCAACCAUGCCUGUCGAACUUACGGAUGCCCAAAAAAACGCCAUUAUCCAAUCGUGGACAAUUCCCGCGAUGAAUCCCAUCGAUGCCGGCGAAAUUAUCUUCUACAAGUUCUUCGAGAAGUAUCCGCAUAACCAUCAAAUGUUCCAAAAGUUCAAAAACACGCCGUUACACGAGCUCAAAGGCACUCCCGUGUUCCGUCAUCACGCCUCAAUUGUCAUCAACACCUUCAGCUCGACCGUCGAUUGUCUCUUGUUGAAGGGCGGAUGGGAACACAUUCCGGAAAUUUGGAAAAAUAUCGCUGCGGAUCACAAUACUCGCAAUAUUUCCAAAAAAUCUUUCGUUGAACUUCGUGACAUUGUCGUGCAAGUCUUGAAGGAAGUUUGCCAUUUGAAGCCUGAACAGGAAGAGGCAUGGACCAUUUUGUUGGAUUACGUCUACGAAUCUCUCUUGUCGACGUUGAAAUUGGAAGCCUAAUAAACUUUUUUUUCCA